UCCUGAGGGAUCUCACAGAUCUGUGCUGAAAACAAUAGAAGGAAGAAAAAAAAGGGGCCGUCUCUUCACUCCUCCAAUCCGGACGUAGUGGGUUGGAGCUGGUUAUAAAACCAGGAAUGUGGAUUCGUCUGCACUCACUCCUCCCUCCUUCCUCCUGCUGAACUCCAGGCCUCAGCUGCUGCUCGUCAUUUCUGUUACCAUGGCCAAGGACAUGACUCUGCUGUGGGGCUCUGGCUCUCCCCCCUGCUGGAGGGUGCAGAUCGCUCUGGAGGAGAAGAACCUGCAGGGCUACAACCAGAAGCUGCUGUCUUUUGAGAAAGGCGAGCACAAAUCCAAGGAGGUUCUGGAGAUCAACCCCAGGGGUCAGCUUCCUGCCUUUAAACAUGGAAAGAUCAUCCUGAACGAGUCCUACGCCGCCUGCUUGUACCUGGAGAACCAGUUCAAGUCUCAGGGGACCCAGCUGAUCCCUGAGGGCGCCGCCGAGGUCGGCCUCAUGUACCAGCUCAUCUUCGAGGCACAGCCUCUCGCCCAGAAAAUAGGUGAGGUUCUUUACUACAACUGGAAGGUUCCAGAAGGGGAGAGGCACGAUUCUGCCGUGCAGAGGAAUAAAGAGGCCCUGAAAGAGGAGAUGAAAAUAUGGGAGGGACACCUGCAGGGAUGUGGUGAUUUCCUGGUUGGAAAGUCUUUUUCUUUGGCUGACGUGAUUAUUUUCCCAGUUUUUGCUUAUUUCAUACGAAACGGAGGGAGUGAGGAGCGUUACCCCAACGUGGCAGCUUACUACAAAAAGCUGAGGGACAGACCCAGCAUCAAGAAAACAUGGCCUCCCACCUGGAUUGAUGGGCCUGGAAUGGGAACACUGAAGGACAUCUGAAAUGCUUCGCCAUUUCUCUUUCCAACCACUCCAAGUCUUUGUGUUUUUCAAAACCUAUCGGCAUAUCGGCUUACGAAUUUUGAUUUUGUGCUGUGAACAAAAUAAAUGGGAACAAAAUGUAAACAUA